AUGGCAUCCUUUGGCCGCAAGCCCAAAGUGGCGAAGUCGGGUGUGGGCUCCACCCGAGAGGACAAGAAGGACCGCACGUCCUUGAAGGAGCUCCUGGCAGAGGAGGCGGAACGCGAACGCUUCGCUGAAGAGUUCGAUCAGAAGGAGAAGGCCGCCGAAGCGGAGCGCCGGAAGGAGGCCAAGGAUCAAGACCGGCAGAAGGAGGAGCAGACGAAGGCCGCCGAAGCGAGGAAGGGAAAGCCGAACCCGGUCGUCUUCCUGGAGAUCGAGGUGCGCGGCCCCGCUGGCUACGGAGAGCGCCAGGGCCGUGUGGAGGCUUCCGGGCGCUUGGAGAUCGAGCUGUUUGCAGACGUGGCGCCGCGAACGGCCGAGAACUUCCGUUGCUUGUGCACUGGGGAGAAAGGCCGCGAUCUUUGCUUCAAGGGCUCCGUGUUCCAUCGAAUUAUCCCUGGCUUCAUGGCCCAGGGAGGGGACAUCACAGACGGCGAUGGCACAGGAGGCAAAUCCAUCUACGGCCCGAAGUUUGCCGACGAGUCCUUUGUGCGGCUACAUGCAAGGGCAAACCUGCUCUCCAUGGCCAACUCUGGGCCGAACACCAACAACUCCCAGUUCUUCAUCCUCUUCGGGCAGGCGAGACAUCUGGACCGAAAGCAUGUGGUCUUCGGUGAGAUCCUGCGCGAGGAUGGGCAGGUCAUGAAGCGACUUCAAGAUUGCGGAUCGGAGUCGGGCGAAGUGAAAGGCUCCGUGGUCAUCAGGGCCUGCGGGGAGCUGCGGGGCCGGGCCGACGAGCAGAGCUCCUUCGAGCGGUUCCGCCGCUCGCGGAGUCGCACGCGCUCGACGAGCCGGCGACGGAAGCAGCGGAAGUGCUACAUCUGA